CACUCUCCAGUCACAGCCACAGAGGUAAAUCUCUCUCCUUUUUCCUUUUUUUGCUCAAAUAUUUUCUGUCGCACGAAUUGCUAAUCCAAGGAUACGUAAUCAUGAGUUCGUACUCAAUAGCAAGUGCUAUAUCUCGCAUAUCACCUCUAAUUCGUUUCGUUAAACCUUAUUCCACCGGUUUUUCUUUCAUCACUUGCGCUUGCAACAGUACCCGGAGGCCAAAGGUGUCUGCUUUUUCGGCACUCACUUGCUUGUAAUCGUUGAUUUGGACUUUUUGUGUUGAUUAAUCAUCUGGGUCGAUUCGAUUUUGUAGAGAUUUGAUCAGCUUUGUGUGUUUUCCAUGGCGUCGGAAGCGAGGGAAUCACCAGCAAACAAUCCUGGCUUGUCAACGAAUCGAGAUGAGGCUACAAAAGGAUACAUCAUGCAACAGACUAUGUUUCGGAUCAAGGACCCUAAGGCUAGUCUUGACUUUUACUCACGUGUGCUGGGGAUGUCAUUGCUGAAGAGGCUGGAUUUCUCUGAGAUGAAAUUUAGUUUGUACUUCCUGGGCUACGAGGAUACUACAACAGCUCCAACCGAUCCAACAGAGAGAACGGUUUGGACAUUUGGUCAACCGGCAACAAUUGAAUUGACUCACAACUGGGGUACAGAGAGUGAUCCUGAGUUUAAAGGUUAUCACAAUGGGAACUCUGAGCCUCGUGGAUUUGGGCACAUUGGGGUUACCGUUGAUGAUGUGCACAAGGCAUGCGAGAGAUUUGAAGAAUUGGGAGUAGAGUUUGCCAAGAAACCAAACGAUGGAAAGAUGAAGAAUAUAGCCUUCAUUAAGGAUCCUGAUGGCUACUGGAUCGAGAUCUUUGAUCUCAAGACUAUCGGAACUACUACCGUAAACGCAGCUUGAUCUCAAGACUAUCGGAACUACUACCGUAAACGCAGCUUGAUCUCAAGACUAUCGGGACUACUACCGGAAACGCAGCUUGAGGAAGUAGCGAUUGCGCUAUUUGUGUUCUUUUGCUCAUUCCACCCGAGUGUGUGCAUACAGUUAAAGAAUUUUCAUGUUUCAUCGAAUAAUCGGAACAAGAUGGUCGUUGUUUAUCAAUGUGGUCUGUUUCUUGACAUAUAUAUAAUGAGCUAGGUCGUUAUCAUUGUUAAAAAUAACAUACACGUCCAUUAUUAAUGACAAUCAGUUUGGUACUGUUCU